AUGAGGGUCCCUGAGCUCCGAUCGCCUCUCCAUCUCGCUUCCCGAGCUCCGAUCGGCGUCCUCGAGCACAACCCCGACCUCCGCCACUCCGCCUUCAAGCCCACCUCGCCUGCCGCCAAGGCGGUCGUCGACCAACUCCUCCGGAUCGCCGACAAGGGCAUCCUCGACGAUCUUCUGAUUUCCAGCAUCACCGCUCUCGGCUGCCUGUCGAAGACCUUCCGGGCGACGGAGACGCGGAUCAUCGGGCCUCUGGUGCGGCUGCUGGACGAGAGGAAAGCCAUCGUGUCGAGGGAGGCGGUGAUUGCCCUGACCAAGUUCGUGUGCAAGGAGAAUUUCCUUUGCGUCGAGCAUUCCAAGGCCAUCAUCGAAGCCGAAGGGGCCAAGCACCUCGUCCAGCUGGUGUAUUUUGGGGAGCAGCUCCAGACCGAGGCGUUGAUUCUCUUGUGUUACGUCUCCCUCAACGUGCUGGAGAGUGAGGAUCUCGCACAGGCAGGGGUCCUUGCGGUCCUCGCCUGGGCUUCGAAGCAGGGGCACUUGGUGCAGGACUCCAGGGUGGACUCCUCCUUGCCGGAGGCCAGAGGUCGGAUGGAGCUCUAUCAAUCAAGAAGAUCUCGAUGA